AUGGCGACGACACCGCGGGACAUGGAGCUGAGGCUGGUGAACGGCAUGGUGCUGAAGGUGCAGAUGGAGGAGAUGGCGGGCGGCGUGGGGGAGCGCGUGGCGGCGUUGGAGGCGAAGCUGAGAGAGCAGGGCGACGCCAUGGCUGCUUUGAAGCGCGACAUGGCUGAAAUGCGAAGCGCCAUGGCCCACCUCAAGGGGAUGGCGGCGACGGGCGCUUUGGCGGAGAAGACGGAGGGCGUUGGCGCGCAGCCGCUGAAAGGAGCACGGGGAAAUAGCAUUGCUGCGCUUGAAGUGGAGGCCGUGAAGGUGCAGGUGGAAGCGGCGAGGGGGGAGGCGAGUGAGAUGCGAGGGGAGAUGCGCGCGCUGAAGGCGGAACUUGCGCGGAUGAUGGCUGCGGCGGAGCGCCAGGCUGCGGAGGUAGCGUACGUGAAGGCGACGGCGACGCACUCGGAGGCGCGCAUCAACGACGUCGAGCUGGCGCUCGCGGCGCUGAAGGACCGCGACGGCUGCGCGGAGAAGAACCGCGACGAGCGCAAGGAGGGCAGCGCGGGGGAGCACGCGGGGGCGGAGAGGUGCGGGGAAAAGAGGCGGAAGAGGGACGACGCGGAGGCGGGGAAGGAGGAGGAGAUGGCGGAUGCUCCUUCGGUUCUGCGCCCUCUUAUUGCUGUUGGCGGUGCGCCCGAAGGAAAGGUGGAUGCUGCGGAAAGGGAGGGUGACGAGCAGGAGGAGGAAAAUGAUGAGGAGGAGAAUGAUGAGGAGGAUGAGGAGCAGGGACUGCAGGCGCAAGUGGAAGCGCUAGAAGAAACAUGCGCUGGAGGAAACAAGAUAUGGGAGGCGCUGAUGACAAUGUGGAGAAAAGUUGCUCCAGGUAAGACUAGCAUGGACCUCGGCGGUGUCUACCUCUCCGACGACGCUCUCACACAAGUGGCCUCCUUGCGCUCUCUCACAUGGCUCAGCCUCCAAGACUCCUCCGGCUUCACUGCAGCGGGGGUGACACAGCUCUUCUCUCUCACUGGACUCAAAUGUUUGGAUUUAUGCGGCACAGCCAUAGCCGACGCAGCUCUUGACGGAGUUGCCCGCCUGACAAAACUUCGUACACUUGAUCUAGUCAACACCAAGAUAACCGAUGCUGGAGUAGCGAAGCUGAAAGGAUUUCCGGCACUCACGACACUGCUGCUUGGCGAGUGCGCCUCGAUCACCUCUGCCAGCAUGGUGGAUGUGGGAAAACUGACAUCUCUGGAACGUCUCAUACUGUAUGGCAGUGGGGUGAGGGAGGAUGGGCUGCAGCACUUGACUGCUCUUUCCACUCUGAAGGCCUUCACUCUCCCUCCAGGGCGCGCUCAGCCGUCCCCUCCCCCCUCCCUGUCUCGUCGCGCGCGCAUUGCGCUCCUGCCGCCGCGCGCGCUAAGCACCGUCCAGCAGCGCGCGUGCCUGCCCUUCCUUGCGGUGCGCUCUGCCCUUCCUCAAUCCGCCCCUUCCCUCACCCUCCUCCUCCUUCCCUCUCUCCUUUGUGCUUCCCCCAAUACCUCACCUCUUCCUCCUCCUAUUUUCUCUCCCCAUCUGCUGCGGCUCGUAGCUCCUUGUGGCGCGCCCUGCCCUUUCCACAAUCCGCCCCUUCACCCUCCUCCUCCUCCCCUCUCUCCCACUAGUUCCCUCUCCACUAUCUCACCCCUCCUCCACCUCUUUUCUCUCUUCAUCUGCUGCAGCUGCUGUUUCCUCCUCCUCAUGGCGACCUCUCUCGCCCUCCCCUCCCUCCCUCUGCUGGUCCUUCAGCUUGCGCCCGAUGGUAGUGCAGUCAACUUCCCUAGUUGGCUGAACUGUCUCGAGCGCACGCUGUCUGGCACCCUCGUGAGUGGCUUUAACCUAUGGUUUGUCACUCAGCAGAGUGGUUCUGGCGCCAUUCCCACCUCUCCCUCUGGACCCACCUCUUCCUCCUCUGACCCCUAUGCUGAUGGCCUCCGUGCUGCCAUUGCUGAAACUGAGCGGCUUGUGACCACGGCGCAAGCCACCGCCACGGCUGCUCCUGACAAUGCUGCUGCCCGUGACUUAGCUCGUAUUCUUGCUGAGUCCCUCGAGAGCACCCGCAAGUGCCUCACUGAGCACCUCGCUGCCCCUUCUCCUCGCUCUGCGUCUACGCCCAUUUCCUCUGCUCCGUCUCACUCUGACCUUCUCGCUGACUGGCAUGUUGCCAACGCACGUGCCUGUCAGGUCGUCCUUGCCUGCCUCCCUCCAACUCUUCUCCCUCAGUGCUCGCACAUCCGCUAUGCCAAGGACCUUCUCGGCUAUCUUACCGAGCGCUUCCAGUCGCAGACUCCUAUCAGUGUCAUUGCCCUCUUACGCGAGCUCACCUCUCUUCGUCUUGCUGACUUCACCACCAUGGCGGACUACAUCGCUCGUGUGCAGACGCUGUCCUCCCAACUUGCCUCUCAAAAGUUUGAACUUUCCGAUCAUGUGUGCGGUGCCCUCCUCCUCACAGGCCUCACUCCUGAAUACAGUGUUCAUGUCACUCUGUAUGGUGAGCGCCCUGCCGACCAGUGGUCGUUCUCUCGUGUCUCUGCCUUCCUCCUCCAGGCAGAGCUCAACCUCCGCAGCUGCCCUCCUACUGUCGCCGCUGUCACACCCGCUUCCGCCCCCCCCCCUCUCCCCACCUCCACUGUCGCCGCUGCUUCCUCUCGCCCUCGCCCUUCCGCUGUUACGCUCUUGGCCUUUGGGGGAGGUUGA